UGGGCGCAGGAUCUGCCGGCUCGAUAGUUGCCAGUCGCCUCUCUGAGGAUGGCGAGUCCAGCGUCUUGUUGUUAGAGGCCGGCCCCAGUGACUGGGAGAACGCCAACAUCUACACCCCAGGAUUGGCAGCAGCUAACCUCAGAAGUGAUAUAGACUGGGAAUACUACACUGAGCCUCAAGAAAAUGGCGUCAUGUCUGGACUCAAAGAUGAGCGCUCGUACUGGCCCAGAGGCAAGGUUUUGGGUGGAUCUAGCAGCAUCAAUGGCAUGAACUACGUGAGAGGGUCCAGGCAUGACUACGAUAGAUGGGCUGAGUACACCAAUGACAGUGGAUGGGAUUACAGGCAUGUCUUGCCCUACUUCAAAAGGUCAGAAGAUAUUAGGAUUCCAGAGCUCAUGGACUCAGAAUAUCACGGCCAUGGAGGUCCCUUGACAAUUCAUCCAACUGAGACUGGAGGCAUAGUGCCAAAGAUCAUUGAAGCUGCUCAGACUGUUGGUUACCAGCACAAUAUUGACUACAAUGGCAAAACUAUGGAAGGUAUCUGUAACUCACAGGUCAACUCCUUGAAUGGCCAGCGAUGGAGUGUCAGUCGAGCCUUCCUGCAUCCAAAUCUCAACAGACAAAACCUUCAUGUAUCUGUGCGCUCACAUGUGACAAAGAUCAUUGUCAAGAACAACAGAGCAGAGGGAGUUGAGAUUAUCAAAGAUGGAAAGAAAUAUAUCAUCAGGGCUACCAAGGAGACCAUCCUGUCCGCAGGAGUUGUGGGUUCCCCUCAAAUACUCAUGUUGUCUGGUAUCGGACCCAGGAAACAUUUGGAGAGUUUAAAUAUCCCUGUGGUGGCUGACCUUCCUGUAGGACACAAUCUUCAAGAUCACCUUAUGUUUGAUAUUGGGAUCAAGGUCUCACAGCCAAUAACAGCUACAUGGGCUAGCAUUGGAUCCGUGUGGACUACACUGCAGUAUAAACUAUUUGGUGCAGGAUAUCUUCGUUCUCCCUUUUUCCUGGAGACACUAGCCUUCAAAAGUACAACCAAGGAAACAAAAGAAAAAGACUGGCCGGAUCUUCAGAUACACUUUUUCAGUAUCAUAAACAGCGCUCCCCUAAUGGAGGCUUUUAGCUAUGCAGAAAAUACAAAAGCGGAGCUACGACACAGGAAUUCCAUGCAGUAUGGACUGGUGUGUCUGCCGACAUUGUUGCGACCAGAAAGUAAAGGCAGUAUCACCCUGAGGUCAAAUGACCCGUUUGAAUAUCCUGUCAUCAGAGCAAACUACCUGGACAAACAAGAGGAUCUGGAGCUGUUGAUUAGAGGAAUCAAUGAAUGUAAAAAGAUCGCUGAUGCCAAACCUAUGAAAGAGAUUGGGGCUGAGCUCACUGAAAAGACUGUGGUCGACUCCUGCAAGCAGCACAGAUAUGAUUCUCACGAAUUCUGGACAUGCAUGAUCAAACGACGUCCACUCACAGUUUACCACCCCGUCGGCACCUGCAAAAUGGGACCUAAAGGUGACCCCACUGCUGUCGUAGACCCAGAACUAAGGGUUUUAGGAGUGGAGGGACUGCGUGUGGCUGAUGCCUCCAUCAUGCCAUGGAUUACUUCGGGAAACACAAACGCCCCAAGUAUUAUGGUUGGAGAAAAGGCCUCAGAUUUGAUCAGAGGACUGACACCGCUGAAACCAGUCGACUUGUGA